CAUUGAUCAACACUUACAGUCAUAAAACACAAACAUCUUUCAACACAGUCUUCUGAGAAAAUAGGCCACACAUCUUAUACAUGUUAAUGAUGUGUUAAUACACCGAUGUUCAGCCAAUCAGAAGCUCCGAAGAGUGAGAAAGCCCCUCCUCUAUAUAUAAGCUCACUAACAAGUAACUAAUGAUCAUGUUCUGUGAAGAACUAGUGGAUAUUUUCAUACACAAGCACAUGCACAUCUCAUCUUCCUGUUUCUUUAACAUAGAAAUCUGCCCAGAGUAACUCGUCAUGGGUCUUUGAUAAUAAACUUUAGUAUAUGUAUAGAAGUAUGAGUUCAUCCCACAGCUCGUGAAGGUCAUCAGAUCAACAGAAAUAGAGCGACUGCACUUUAUCUUUACUGACUUUAUGCGGUUAACACGGGUUGUUUAAAGCUCAUCAAUGGAAACAUUGCUGUCCCUCCCUCAUCAAGAGAACAACAUCGCUCAAAUAAAACUAAAAUCACUGUAAUAUAUUUAUUCAGUAUGUUUGGAAAACUGGAUUGUGUAGCCAGACAUCUUGCUGGAUGUUUCCCCUUCUGAAAAAAAACAGCAUAUGCUGAAGAAUCACGAUAAUUGUGACGGUUAGUUAAUGUUUAAGUUAGAGAUUAUUGCACACAAGAAGUUUACUAUUAGUAUACUUCUUUAAAACUAAUCCAGGAAAGUAUACUUUUAGUCUGCUUUUUAUGCACUUCUCAAAAAUAGUCUUUAUGCAUGUCCCAGAAAUGUACUUAACGUAACAUCCAGCCGGCAGAGGAAGCCCUCGCCUGAGUAUGAGCCAUGCUUCCACUUCCUGUUUGAAGCCCUCCAUGUGUUCAAAGGCACCCCGUUCUCUCCGGUUCUUUCGGCCUGUUUCUCUGAUUACUGGUCUCCUGGAUUGCCUCUACUGCUACUGGUCUGUUAGGACUGCGAUGCUGGUUUGGACCGGUCGCUCACUCGGCCCUUUCGGACAGAAAGCAUAUGAUAAUCUGCCACUUUAAGAUCUGCUUUAGCACUGCACAAACAUUUCCUGUUUCAAGCUUAGAAGCAACUAAACCAAACGCUGACCACAGUUUUGGUGGUUCUUCCGUGAUGUCGAUGGUUAACAGGAAGCGUUCACGCUCAGUCUCUUAAUUAUGUCAUUCACUUUAACUCUUUGAGGACUUAAUAUUUGUUUGUGUCUUGAAAGGAAUGACUCGGUUCCUCCUCUGGUGAAAUCAGCCGCUGAGUUCAAGACUGGAACAAACAUACUGCAGGACUUUCCUGGAUUUAAGUAUGACUUAAAGUAUACUUAAAAGUAAAGUAUAUACUUUUGAUUUUGACGUGAUCAUCCAUACAGCAGUGACCAUCAGAGCUAAGUUAACUCUGUAUUUUUAUUCCAGUAUUCUUGUAUUUGAUGAAGCCCACAUGGCUUUUGAUUACUUCAUGAGUGCCAGACGAGGACGUAUGAAGACGUUUCUGUUUCCAGAUCUUACAGAUAGUUGUCUCCCAGCCAAGUAUUGUCCUAACAACCCCAUGAAUCAGUGGAAAGCUCAUCUCUUCGUGUAGUUUUAGGUCUGGAUGUAAAGAGCACACUAAGGGGUGCUCAGGGAUCUCCACGGUCUUAAAACAUCUCUGGAACGUUUGAUUUUUGACUUAAAGCACGGUUAUUUAGCAUUUUGGGGGACUAGGGAAGUAAAUAGGGAAAUAAAUUAUAUUUCGAUGUUGUAUUAAAUAUUAUAUAUUAUUAUAAAGUUCUUGUCAAUUAUUAUUCCCAUUAUUAUACUCAUUUUUCACAAUAUGAUGCCCUAUAAACACAUUAGCAUGCAAAUUAGAUUUAGUUCAUAGGUGCAACUUAUACAACAAGAUCAAGGAGAAAUGAGAAAAAGAAUGAAUCAUUUUUUUUUGAGUCAUAUUUAUUUAUUUUUAAACUCUCACCUGUGCAGACCUGCCUGCAUCUGUCCUCAACUGCUCCUGUUUACACACACACACACACACACACACACUCGACCAGUCGCAUUCUGAUCAUUCCAGCCUGUCAUCACACAGACACACACCACCUCUGUUGAUUUCCACUAAAACGCGAUCGAGUCCUAACCUUUCUCUCUUCAGCGAUGGAGGCCUGUGCGCGUGCACUCUUCACUUCUCAGCUUCAGACGACCUCUUACGACCUCACAUUCGAGCGCGUGAACGCCGUCGUGUCCUUCACACGUGACCUCAGCAGACAGGUAGAGCCGGUCAGGUGACCCAGACACCUGUCCCGGCAGAUAAAGCAGCCUGUCCCUAACUCCACGCGUGAUGUGUGUGUAAAUCAGCCAACGUUUAUCACGACAAACGUUUCUGAAGAACCCAGGACCAGAACUAAAGCGUGCUCUGAACGAGGAACACGAGAUAAGACGACUGCAUGCAAAUCUGUCCACAUCUGAUUCAGACUCUUCACCUCAGGAGAGAGAUUCACGACCGCUUUAAGCGUUUAUUCAAACGACAGACUCAACUUUAGAGACGGAGCUGUUAUUCAAACGAGCCGCUGAAGGAAAAGCACAUCAGGGAUGAUCCUGCUCCGGUGUUUUGUAGAUUAAAUGAUUUGUGCUCGUAUGAACGGAUCAAAAGUGAGAGUAAGACUGGUAGAGAGAGAUAUAACUGAGGAGUCAACCAUCAUCCUUCUCUACAAUCGUAGGAUUAUCCAGCGUGUCUCCGGUGCUUUCUCCAGCGCGAUGGACAUCCCUGAAAAAGAGCGCAAACCGAAGAAGCCUCACUACGUUCCUCGCCCGCCGGGCAAGCCCUUCAGAUACCAGUGCUUCCAGUGUCCCUUCACCUGCAACCAGAAGUCCCACCUGUUCAACCACAUGAAGUACAACCUGUGCCACGUCUCCGUCUCCGUCAGCUCCGGCUCGGCUCCGGAGGACCCCGGCGACCCGGCCCCGUCUCCAGACGUCUGCCAGGAGACCUCACCUCCCGUGUGCAAGCCCGAGGUGGUCCGUCCUCGGGUUCCCGGGCUCCUCUGGAGGCCCCCGGCCGCGCUCCAGACCCAGGCGCUCCUGCAGGAGAGAGCCGAGGGCUUCCUCUAUCACUCCCUCGCUGCUCCGGGAGGCUUUCUCCCGCUGUACCCUCACUAUCAGCCGUACGUCGUCGGGCUGUGUCCUCAGAUGCUGUUCCCGUGGACGGAGGAGUGUCUGAGGUACUGCUGCAGGAUCCCGGCUCCGGAGCCGUACUCUGUGAUGGACGCGUAUCCUGCGUAUGAUCCGUACGCGCUCGUCGUGAACCUGAAGGAGAGUCCGGUGAUGGGAUGCUCCGCUGCCGCGUCACCUAACAGACCGGACCCUUCCCAUAAUUACCAGCUGACACCAGAUGAGAGGGGUGGAGCACCAGCUAGCCAAUCAGAAGAGAGGGGCGGGGCCACACCAGCACAAGCGGUCAGGACUCUGCCAGAAAGGGCCUCACCUGCUUCCAGAGAGAUGGAGCGAGGCGGAGAUGACAGUAAAAAUACUUCUGAUACUCUGCUUCCUCUCAACCUCUCCAGGGGAGACGCUCCUCUGAAUCUGUCUGUGACUCGAUCAGACACCCAAUCAGCGAGCAGCCUGAUGACUGAGGGGAUUGUGGGUAGAGUGACAUCACAAGAGGACCACCAUUUGCCCGUGGAGAAAAGCGCUGCGUUUGCUCUCUGUCAGCUGGCUCAGUCCGGCGUCACACACCUGAACAGAAGCAUCACUUACUCUCCAUCCAGAGUCUGUCAGGAGCAAGAAACAAACCCUUCUUGGGUCCGGAGUCCAGCGCGUGACGCCAAAUCAGGUGUAGACGCAGAAGACUCCGCCCCUUCCUCUGACGCUGCAGAGGUCUCCGCCCCCUCGUUACAUGUUCUGCAUAAAAUACGGACAAAGAAAUACAGAAAAAGCAGCCUGAAGAGAAAACAGACAGGCAGCCAAAGAAAAUACAAUCUGAGGAAGAGAUUUAGUGUCAGAAAUAAAUAAACUCUUUUAUAGCUAAUGAAGUUUAAACGUUUCAGGGAAACUCAGCUCUUAUAAACUAUCGUGUGAAGUAUGGAAUCAUGUAUUUAUACUUUUUUUUACUGCUACAAUAAUAAUGUCCUUGCAUUGUCUUCGUACUUUUCUGGUUGCAGGUUUUCAUACGUGCAUGCAAAUAAAAAAUGGUCAAACUGG